AUGCCGAUCGCGAAUCCCGACUCGCUGAAGAAGAAGAAGAAAAAGGAUGAACUCAGCGGCUCAAUCGAGAGAAGGAAGAAAAAGAAGGACCCCAGGGAUAUGUCGAGGAAACCUCAGCGCAAAGAGGGCGGCGAAAAGCUGGCGAAGAAGAAGCAAAACGAGAAGGCCCAGGUCGAGUACAACGACGCGAUGAAGGACUUUGUCCAGAAGACGUGCGCUGGCGGUUUCGCCGGGCUGUCGGCGACCUGGAACGAGCUGAAGGCGUACACGACCCCGAAUGCCACGACGACAGCCUUCACAGCCCAUGGCGACAAGAAUCGAUACAAGGAUAUCCCGUGCAUCGAUGCCACUCGAGUCAAGUUGAAUGUUGAGGUCGAUGGAGAAGACGAUUACAUUCACGCCAAUUGGUGCAAGCUGGAGGGCCGCGAGACGUUCAUCGCCACCCAGGGCCCGCUCGACAACACGAUCGUCGACUUUUGGCGCAUGUGCUGGGACCACGAAGUGGUGAACAUUGUUCAGUUGGGCCGUGUCGUCGAGGACGGCAAGAACAAGUGCGCAGCCUACUGGCCCGAGCAGCCGGGCGGCUACCAGAACCACGGCCGCUUCUUUGUCAACAACAAAAAGAAGGACGCGAACGCGGACAACAAGUGCAACCAGUUGAUCAUCGAGCUGUUGCCGGACGGGUGCUCAAAUAGUCGCAUCAUUCGGAUGAUCCAGAUGCCGGAAUGGCCGGAUCACGGCGUGCCGAAUAACACGAAGAAGUUGUUGCGCAUCAUCCGGGCUCUGGAGAAGGACGGCGACGCCUUGAACCCGGGCAACACGGUGCUGCACUGCUCGGCUGGAGCGGGGCGCACCGGGGCCAUCAUGCUCGUCCACUGGAUCAAGUCGGCGCUCUUCGCCAACCAGAAAGUCGAUGCGACCGAUGUGUUCAAGAAGCUGCGCGACCAGCGUGCCUGCUCCGUGCAGACUGAGCAACAGUGGCUGUACGUGUUCGCCGUCGUCAUGGACUACAUCCAGAUUAAAGCCAAAGCCGUGGCGGCCCACGACGCGAAGAUGAUCCAAAAGUUCCUGGAAGAGGGCGAGAAGGCCCUCGGCAUGAGCAUCAUCAAGGCCAAAGACAAGGACGACGCCUUCCACGAACAGGCGGCCAAUCCUUUGCCUGCGAGGCGCUGUUAUGGCUGCUUGGCUCCUGCUCCUCCGGCAGGGCGCUUCUGUUUCGACUGUGUGAAUAGAAAGAGCUCGACAUCGAAUAAGAUGUGCAACGACUUUUGCCAGUUGUACCGCAAGAUGGCGAACGUCCGCCCGCAUCCCGAUCUCACCACGAACGACCACGAGCUGCUGAUGGCCGGGCUUAACCUGCAGCGGUGCGCCACAUGCUGGUGGAGCGACUGCGUCUACCGGCUCAGUUUCCUGAACGGCAAG